AUGGAUUGCUUUAUUUCUGGAUCCUGGGAUAAAUCAAUAAUCUGUUGGAAAUAGAUAAGUUAAAAUGAAUGGAAGUGGUCACAACCAUACGAAUAACAUAUUGAUUGGGUUACAUGUUUAACAUUAAAUAAACAAGAAGAUCAACUUAGUUCUGAUAAAUCAAUUAACAUAUGGAAUGUAGAUUUUAUAAAGAAUGAACUAACUUAUCUUUAUUCUUUAGAUAAUACUGCUAUUGUAUAUUCAUUAAGUCUUAAUUAAUCUGAGACUAUGUUUGCAACAUGCGCUUAUUAUGAUUAUUUAAUAUGGUAGAAAGGAGUAGAAGAGAAAUGGGAGUUAAAAUGUAAAUAAUCUGUUACUUCAGGAUGCAAAAUAUAUUUUAUAAAUGAUCAAUAAUUUAUGUGGGUAACUAAAGACAAGAAUAUAGAUUAAAUUUUGAUUUUUGAAUUGUAAGAUGGAGUCUUUGAAUAGAACGAAGAUAAAACCAUUCAAUUAAAUAAGAAUGAAUUAUGUGACGCUUAUUGGAUGAACUUCCCAAUUAUAUAUAAUAAUGAUAAAAGCUAUUGGUUAAGCAUAAACAUCAUAUUUAUAUUAUUUGCAAAGUAAAUCAAGGUAACUUUAAGAUUAUAGGAUCAUUAAAAUGUGAAAUUGAUCAGAUUUAUGGGACAAUGA